AUGGGAUCUGUCUGUAUAAAUCGAUCAUCUAUACAUAAAGUAGAGCUUCAAUACCCAUUAAUCAAAAAAAUAUUAAAAAUCUCUCCUAAUAGAUAAAAUGCUUUGGAGAAGCCAUUCACUCAUUCUGAAUUAAUUGAGGAUGUCUAUGAAGUAACAGAAUUAGAAGGCAUUCUUAAAGAUCUUGAAGAAAAUAAAAAGUUUACUGAAGAUAAAAUAUUAACUGAUGAUGUAACAGUUCAAAAAGAGUAAGUCAGAUAACAUAUAGCUGUGAAUUAGGCUAUUAAAAGAUUAAAUGAGAUUGUAACUUAAAUUCAAUUUUAAGUAGAGCUACAAGAAAAAUCUUCUGUAACUUUGAGAACUAACUACAGAGGUUCAGAUACUUAAACAUUAAAGGGUAUAUUAAAAUCAGAUUAAUCUAAAUCUAAAUCAAAAUCGAAAUCUAAUUCGAAAUACAACAAUUCAGUUAAGAAGCUAAAGUAAGCGACAACCUAAAAAAAAGUCUCUUUUGAGUCGAGAAUAUUAAAACACAAAUCAAAUAAAAUGUAUAUAUGA